CUAAAACGGGUCAUCAAAAGUAGGCGCGUUUUCUCCAAUGAUGGCGUUAAGACAAUGAAAAUAUCUGAAUUGAAAUUAAGGAAGGUAACUUUAACAGAAUCAUAUAUAUAAUUUUAAAUAAUUGUAAUUUUACAGGUGUAUGGAAGUGUUUCAUAUGUAGUUCAUAGUGGAGAAUGCUGGCUGCCCAAUCGCAAAAGUACGUCGUCGCCAAUUAAGUUAAAAAUAUCAAAGCGUCAAGAGCAUUCACCGAAAAAUUGGUGAUAAGGGCCUGUAAUCCCAGAGAUUUUUUUCCCCCCAGUUCCGGUAUCCAGUUUUAUUUUAACUCAAAAUAUGGCUAAUCUGAUAUACCGCCUAAUCCUUACUCAUACUGUUACUAGUCUUCAUAAUCUUAGUCUUAUAAAUUAUAUGAUACUAUAAUUACUAUAUCUAGGUCUACUCUAGGUAUUUCUGUAAAAAAAAAAUGUAUUUCAAAAUAUUACAGAGCUGUACUGUAUGACAUAGAGAAAACUUCCAAUUAAAAAAUGAAACAAGAAUCAACUUUCUAGCUUUAACUUUAAUGCUUUUUGAGAUAUGUAUUUUUUAUGUAAAAGUGUGAGUUUGUCAAAGUUUGUUUGGUAUUUUGGGUUAACGUUAUGGGUUUUGUCAAAAGUUGUCUUACCCCAAGCGCAGUGGCUUCACAUUGGAGAAUCCCAACACUGGACUUUGUUGAGUGAAUAGACCUAUUGUAGGACGUGAUCGCCUGUGACUGUGAGUCAUGUGUGACUUUCCUGUUCUUUACUUAGCAUUACUUUCGUCAUAAAUGAUAAAAAAAGUGUCUAGUUUACUACCUAUAGCUUCUAGUUAGGGCAGGGAGCUAUUUGUAGUGAACUACCAAGAGCUUCUAGAGAGCUAUUGGUAGUCCAGCCAAUCAGAUCAAACCAAAAUAUGAGCUUUAAAUACCCGCUUCCAAUGAGGCUGGCGAAGUAUUUCCCCGUUCAUUUAUUACUAGUUUGUACUAGUGACAACACCUCCGCACUAAUUGUAAAAUCUACAGUACUGUUGUAAAGUUUUAAUACUAUCUGCUGUAGCUCAGAUUUGGCUAUAUUGCUUUUAAUUUAUCUAAUAUAGAUCUUAGAUAGAUGUAUGAUACUGGGGGGAAGGGGAUCAUAGUCUGAAAAAAUGUUACCCACCUUCUUCUUUGCCAAGGCCAAAGUAAGAUGGGCAGUAAAAACAAAAUCCAGCUGCAAACAUAUUGUGUGUGCUAAUUAUUAUGAUUAAAAUUAUAAAUUAAAAUACAAGCCUAAAUAAUUACCAUAAGAAGUUUUACUGCAUACAAAGUGUGCAUAUCAAAAUCUUUUUACUUCAGUUAAAUCAAUUAAAUAAACUGUAUAAUAACGUGAUUAGGCUUAAUGAUGAUAAAAUAAGCUUAGGCCAAUCAUUGUUUAGGAAAAUGAUCACUUGAACAACCCCCCACCCCCCCGCUUUUGAUUUUCUGUUGUUGGGGAAAAUAUCUACUGAGUGUUAUUUACAUAAAUGAGCCAUCAUUAACUUAUAAAGGCAUUGAUAUUUUUAUGUACAAUUAAACAAUUUCAUUGGGAAUAUUGUGCAACUAUAACACAAAUUGGAACCACUAUUUAAUAUUUAUUUUUUAAUGCUAUGCGGAGUAUGCAGAAUCAAUGUUUUAAACUGCACAUAAUUUUGAUGAAAACAUAAGCAGUGAUACAUAAAUAAAAUAAAAUAUAUUGAAAGAAAGAAAAAUAAGUGUACUAUGUCUUGAAAAUCCUUUUGGGGUGAAUUUAUGAGACUAGACUCUAGACACAAACAAUACAUUUUGUUGGCGCAUGUUUGUUUGUUUUGGCGAUAUACAUACUUCAGAGUGAUUUCAGUGUUGUAAUCAAAAAUAAAUUGUGACUACCAAUAAUUAUUGCACUGUAUUAAUCUAUCAUCAAUUGGUAGUUUUUUUAUUGUAAACUACCAAUAGCUGCUUAGAAGCUACUGGUAGUGGAGUUUACUACCAAUAGCCACAGCCAAUGAUAAACUAAAUCUAAAGAUCGAAUCGGUUAAUAUGAAGUAUGUUAACUCUCAAAAGACUGUAGAUUUUUCCAGUUUUUAAUGACCUUGAAUAUAUCUUAUUCUUCAAUGUGUCUCAUGACUGUAAUUUUGUAGCUACCUCCAAGUAUUAUAUAUCAUUUUAAAGGUAAUUGGAUGCUCUUUAAUUGAUAUUUGGUGUUUGUUCAAAAUAUCCUUGCUAAAUUUGAUGUUUUAUUAUUUUUGGGCAAAAAAAAUAUUUUUUUAAGUCGACAAAAACAUAACAUCACAGAUUUACAAAGAAGGAGAAAAAAAAGUGUUUCCAAUUAGAGCAAUAAAAUUUAUAUUUUAUUUGAAUGUGUUGAAUACUAAAAAACAUAUUCAAAUUUCAAAAGAAUAGACUCAUAAAUAAAAAAGUUCAGAUCAUUCAAGGAAAUAUUGCUCAAAAAGUCAAAAUUAUUUUCAAAAAAUAAUAAUAAUUAUUUUUUUCAAAGGAAAACAUAUAAUGUAUCAUAUUAUCCUUUAGAGGAUUAUUAGUAAGUAUUAUUUUAGAAGAAAAGUUAAGAAAAAAAGGCACAUUUUAAUAAAUUAAAAAUUUUUAUGCAUCCCCGAGAUACCGAUCAAAGGAUAUAAUCCUUCGCCAAGACAAUUUAUAAAAAUUCUUGAAAACAAUUUCUUUAUUUAUUAAAUCAUACAAAUGUAUCAAAGAGAAAGCCUGUGACAUAUUUACCCUGUUUUGGUAACCCACAAUUACAUUUUUUGUUAUUGUCAUGUAGAGGCGCAUGAUGUAAAGAUUUCGGGCUUUACAGUAUCGGGUUCAUCAUCAAAUAUGUCAAUUGUUCAUUAAUCGCUAUCUUUUCUUGAUGCUGAUACAGUUGAUUGUAUUUUGCAUUGAGGUACAGAAGUGUCUCCCAAUUUUGCACAGCAUGUUUCCUUUAUUUUCAGUAUCAGAAACUUUAAGGAAACUCAAUAUAGCCUUGAAUAUGUCCUUAGUACUAAUGGCCUUGCUCAUUGUCCAUCAUAAAAGGAUUUCCUGGACAUUUCUUGUAAAAUUAAGAGCUUGAUAAGUCCUGCAUUCAUAAUAAAUCCACUUAGUAGCUAAAACUUCCCUUCAAUGAUGUUAUAGUGGUACCAAUUUUUGAAAACGCAAAAGUUCUGCGAUCCAUUGUCCUGCGCACAAGGCUUACUAAUAACCAACCAAAUCUGUAGUAAAGUAGAGGUUGAAAAAUGUCAAUUUGCUUUUAAAAUCUCCUUAUAAAAUCUCCUUAUAUCUUCUCUUGUUAUAACUUUAGGCAUUAGGAAGCAAUAGUGCUUAUUACCUCUGUUCUAAAUGCAGCAGAGAGUCCCACAGUCUUUUAUCAUCAUAACCCAUUGUAUUGACUAUAUUUGACAUCUGCCCUUCAUAGAUGCUGUCAAAAUAUUAAAAAAAGUUUUUUAGCUAAAAUAAAAAAAUUUACAAUAUAAAUAAAAAGAAUUCAAAAUAUUAAACAAUCUGCCUAAAUUACUUUUACUUCAAAUUUUCAUUGAAAAGGGAACAUGGCUGAUUGUUACAGUGUAAUAAUAGCCUUGGCCUUGAGAACCAUUGUUUACAUUUUGCUAACUGAAACGUAAUAAUAAUAAAUUAAUUGUAUAGCUACAAAUUAGUUUCAAGCAAAUAAAUAAUUAAAUCUAUUUCAGAAUUUUAUACUACUGGAACUUGAAAAAAACUAAUGUUAGGGCUAAUAAUAGUGAUUAAAAAGUAUCACAGUAUGCUGAGUUGAGUAUGAAUGAAAAAGUAAACAAACCUUGGAUACUAUUAUUAUGAUGAUAAUUUACAGAAUUCUCUUUAUCAGAUACAUCUGAAGUGCUAUCUUCAUCAAAAAUAUUCCUCUAAGUAAGAAUAGUUGUCCAUUUCAAGCUUAUAAUCAGAAUCAGACUCCAUAGAAAUGUUUUAGAGUGUAGUAACAGGGAAUUGUGGAAAAAUAUUAGUAAAUGGCAAAAAGGAAAAUUUAUGGACAAGUUGCUACUAGAUUUCUUCAAGAACUAGUAAUAUAAACGAUUUUUCUUUCUUGCCAAAUAGAAAUUUAACAUUCCAAAAUUGUAAAUCUUUAUUUUCGCCUUUUAAUAUUAUUUUUAUAUAUAUAUUAGCGGUAGUUUUUUCACCCGCCAUAUAUGACAGAUUUUUCAAUCUCCCGUCUUUUGAGAGUUAAGAUUAAUUUUUAUUAAAAUCCAACAUACACUUACAGCUUUCAAAAGAAUUGAAAACAAAAACCCAUCCUUGCUAAUACCGCUGGAAAAAAAAAAACGUGUGCUAAAAAAUCUCUUUUGAUUUGUUGAAAAUCAAAGAACCCGUAUCAUGCGGUAUGUUAAAACUUUGUUAACAAAAGGUAGCCUGCCGUUUUACCCACGAACUGUCCAUUGUAUGUUUCUGUACUGUGUUUCUAGAGCUUUUUGGGUGCCUUUGAAAAAUGUGAUUUUCACAUGCAAAUACUAUAGCUAGACCCUGUAAAGUAUAUAUUUAUUGACGUAGACUGGGUGGGUAAUCAUACUGGCUAUUUCUUCUUCUUCUAUAUCUUAAGGGCCCACGAUCAAUUUAUUGAUAAUUUUGGCUUCUAUGCAUGUAGAUGGAAUUUGCAAUGUUUCUGUUACUGGUGUUGAUGAGGAAAUCAUGCACUAGGGGUUUGAAGGCUUGAGGCAAUAGACACAAAUGUGUCUAGUGUUGUCGCCUCAACCGUUCCUUUUGAAAGAUUGUUCCAGUCCCUGAUUGUCUUGGGCAGGAAUGAGCAGCUCCUAUACUGGCUUCUUGAUGUAUGAACCUGAAUUGCCUGUCAUGGCCUCGUCGCUGUCUAUGGGGGAGAGGGACGAGUUUCUGUUUAAUACUGGAACAGUGGACCAGCCCAUUAUUUAUCUUGUACAUCAUUUUUUAAUGAUAUUUUAACCUGGCUAACUAAGACUUUGACCUUGGAGUGACCAAGAAUAAAGAAAAAUUGUCUUUUUGAGUACCUCAAACUACAAUUUUUGAAGGCAUAUUAUUAUAAUGUUUAUAUAAUAUGAUAUUAUUAACAUUUACCUUUUAGAAAAUGUAUUAUUUGUAUAUGUUUUCAUUUAUUAAUAGAUUUUUUUAAAAAAUCUUCUGAUACCUAUAAUUACGUUCAAGUAACAAAGCGUGACAUAAACAAUGUAAACAUUACAAAAACAUAGCAAGAAAGAGAUAAAAUUUAAAAAGCGGCUAUAUAAAUAUUUAAUUCAUAAAAUGAAAUAUAGGAAAACAUAUAUAGAACAACAUCAAAUUAUUUUUUGUUGGUUCAAAAUCAUCUGCAACAUAGUUUUGAACGAGUCCUAAUGUUGCGGCAUCAACUACUUGUUUUUGGCCUAGGUCUAAAUCGUCCGAACUUUUGCUUUCUGACCCACUAGAAAAAUAAUCGGAGUUAUCAUUGUUUUAGUGUGAUCGUAAAAUCAUCUUCCGAAUCACUUAAGUCAUUAACUAAAAAGAAUUAUCAAAAAGAUUCCUAAUUGAUUUCUUUUGUGAGCCCGAUGGUCUGACGCAAAUUUGCUUGAUAAAGAUCGUUGCAAAAAUAACUCCAAAGUUUUAAAAAAGGACACAGAAGAGCAAAAAACGGAAGUUCACGUAUUCUGUCCAUUCCCAAGACACACACUAAAACAUAUGGUGAACGAUCUUUCUCUUUCUGCCGCCCCCAAACAAUGGAAUUCUUUGCCACUAAGCAUAGGCAAUAUACCAACCACCCAGGCCUUCAAAGCUGCACUCAAAACAUAUCUUUUUAAAUUAUACUACGGGUACCCUGACUGAUUCCCCUCCUCUGACCGAUAAACGAUCUUGCUGGUGCCGUCCAUGGUUUGCCUUGUAAAAGUUAUGUGGUGGGGUGGGUGAAUAUACAUUGCUGUUCUUUAUUUCAUAAAUGUAUUUUAUUUUAAUGUCAUGAUUAUGUCUCUUUUGAUAAAAUUUUUAUGUACAGCGCGGUGAGCACAGCCCUAGGCUGGGGUACCGCGCUAUAAAAGACGUCUUGUUAUUAUUAUUAAUAAAAGGAAGUAGCGUUAUUUUGUGUAAAAUAUUGGACUGGAACUUAUUCUUUCAACGCAUCUUUUUAUCUGCCGUUUUUAUUGGCCGACACAAUUUGGGAAGAGGAAAUCAGCAGAUUUCUUCAGCCGACGACAGUUCGUGGGUUAAAUUAUACUGGAUAUGGGUGUCUGCGCAAAAGCUUAGGAAAUAAUUGAUCACUUCAGUUUCAUAAUGGUUAGAUGGUAUUUGAAUUUGAACCAGAAUAUUUUCAAUUGAGGUUUAAAAACCUGUUAGAUUCCAUAUAAUAAAUUAUCAUAAUUUUCUGUGUGCAAAAUCUCGAGUUUCAUUCAUUGUGCAAAAUGAUCUUCUUUUGGACUUGGGAGGGCUCUCCCCAACCCAUAACCCCAUUUUAAAUAGUGUAUUAAAUUUAUCUAGCUAUGCAAUAUUAUCUUUAGAUUUAAUAAAUAAAAUAUGAAUUUGGUUCUUUAAGUCAAAGGCAACCAUUAUCUUAUAAAAUAUAAGCACUCUCCCCAAACUCCCCCCCCCCCCCCCCCCCCCACUUUCAUGCAGCUGACUUCAAACGAAAGUCCUCAAUAUUCAAUCCCCCAACUGUGCAUAUCACUGUGGCAGUUAUGGGUCCUUAUUUUCAUUGGCAAUAAAUCCUUUUUACAUAAAUAUUUAAGCGUCAGUCAUUUACUUAGGAUAAAUUACCUUUUUUUUUUUUAGACAUGCAAUACGAAUAGUUUUUGUAUUGUUUUGUCAUCUGUAUGUUUAUUUAGUUACUAUUACAAGUUGAUGCAGUGGUGUACAAUUUUGAGAUGGUGAAGUACUAUUCUGAAACGAUAUUGUGCUAUUUUGGAAGUUCUAAGGUAACCAGUUCUAGUAAAUUGUUUAAUGUGCAAUAGAACUUAAUAUGAGGCCAUAAGAUUUUAUGGGUGCUACUGAAUGGUCCAAGGCAACAGGAAAAUUAACAUCUGUCUUAUUUGCUUUUAUUUUGCAACUUCAUCCCGCUGAUGAAUAUCUCCCGUACAUGUGUACGGUCACAUGACUUUUAGACACUUUUUAUUGAAGCGAACCAGACUCUCCAAAUCAUUUGCAAUCAAUUGAUCCGAACAUGAUUUAUCCUUUUUACAAGGCUAAAAAAUAAUUCAGACUAUUUUUUUUUUGCUAAAAGCUUUUCUUAAUUAAAUGGUUAAAUCUAUUGAAAGUGAUGGGUACAAUGAUAUUAAUAAACAUAUUUUAACCCAACUGCUGCUAAGACUAAAAGUAAUCCAUGUCAUUUCUUUGCUAAGGAAUCGGGCGAUCGUUAGCAGAUCGUUAAAUUUACCACUUUUCUUAUUGAAGGAAUUAUUUCUCAAGCCAACUCCAAUCGUUUUAAUGCCAGGGUCAAAGAUAUGUUUCAAGACUUGCAGAAUGCUAGAAGAUUGUAAAGAAAAAUUUCAAUGAAACAAGGGCAAGCAUGAAAGUGGAUACUUUUUCUAACUUGCUUGUAACUAAAUCAAUUGCAAUGCUAACCUUCAGUUGUCCUAAUAGCUGUUGGACAAGUGCAAAAAGGCCACUAGGGAUAUGCUUGAAAACUGAACUCUUACUAAGAGUCUUAGCAGCCUGUGUACAUAUGUAUUUAAAAGGGAUCUUCUGUUCUGUAUUUAUCUGCAUAUAAUUAAAAAACCAUUUCCAGUAAUGUUUUUGUCAUGUUCUGUGGACUCUUCAAAGACAAGGUACCGUAGGUAACUUUUUAUUUACUAAAAAAAGAAAGGGCUUGUGCAUUAGUAUAUAGAUAUUAAAUCAAACCCCCUGGCCACCCGCUUGGUGCACCACCCCCUGGGGGCAACUUCUCCCCUGCGUACACCCCCUACAGAUAUUUUUUUCUUUGCAGGUUGGCAGGUCUGCGAUUGUACGCCAAGACCCGCCAAAACCCUGGGUAAUUUUUUCAGAUUAAAAAAAAAUUAAUUAAAUUUUCGAUUUUUGAAGUUUUAGCCUCUCUCAUAAAGAUCUAGCAGUGAAUGGACCAAGAAAAAUUAUUGGUUGUAAUUUUUUUUAAAGUUGGGCCCACCCUGCAUAAUAUUAUGUACGCACUGGGGGGGGGGUUGCUGAUUGAGGUUAUUUGUGUUAACAAAACCCAUGGGUAGUGGAUUGGUGGGAGUGUCAAAGGUUAUAAAAAUAUCUCCGCAACAUAUUAUAUUGAUGCUUAUGAUUGUCAUGUUGUUGCUUUAUGUGGUACAGUGAACUAGCUAGUUGCGUCAACUGUAAUAUUUAGACUAGCGACAACUUCACUCACCAUCCCCUAUGACUGCUACCAAGCGUGUGAUGUCGUUUUGUUACAUAAUUAUUUUAUUCAUAUGAACUGCUGCGAUUGUGAAAACGGAGAAAACUAGAGAUGGUUUUUAAAAUAAAAUACAUUAUCCAACUGUUCUGUGCUGGAAUGCAUGAAUUUGACAUAUUUUAUAAGAUCUAGUCAGCAGCAUUUAAAAUAUAUUUUUAGAACUCGCAAAGCAGCUCUUAUCCCCUCAAUGAUUUUAAUACAACAGUUUAGUAUCGCUACUCCUACCCCCACCCCUGGCCCACUUUUUUACAGCUUGCGGUAGUUAAUAAACUUCAGUAUGUUAACUGAAAAAAAUCAGGUGCCUACUGGAUAGGCCACGGCACAAUGUUUUUCCCCAUUAAUGAGGAUAAGGGAAGGUUGGCUUUGCGGAGCGAAAUAAUUACGUCACCAGCACGGAAAGAUGUAUAAGUGGACUAAAUUGUGUUGUCACUUUGUCAUGUUAAAGAUGAAAACACAAAGCAUUAGUAUACUGUAGUAUACGAUAACUGCCAAACAAUGUGAUAUUUUUAUAGCCUUAAUAAUGAUAAUAGGCCUAAUUAGAAUUAAUGGAUUUCACAGAUUUUCAGAUGACAGUUGGUUCUAUAACAGAAUAACAGACCGUCAGGAUAAUUAUUGUAGAAUUUAUGCAAAAAUGUAGGUGAAUUCUGGUGGAGCCCCCCCCCCCCCCCCCCCCCCCCCCCCCCCCCCCCCCCCCCCCCCCCCCCCCUCCCAUCAAAGCUGCCAAGCGCAUACGUAAAAUUUGGAUGGCCCUUUGCCCUUUACAUUGACAAGGUCUUCUACUUCUACCAAUAAAAAUCAGAAUGAACAAAAGAAAAAGAAAUUUUAUCAGCAGAUAUUCUUUCUUGAAUAUCAGAUAAAAUUUACUGAGUUGCGUUCUUCAUCGAAGGGUCCAUCAUACACGCACUGCGCCAUCUGCAAGUCAGACUUUUCAUUAGCAAUUAGAGGCAAAAGGAGUGGUGUUAAUUUAGGAGAUUGUGUGUAAGGCAUGGUUCUAAAUAUUUAAAUCUAUACAAUCAACAUUUUCGUAAUGACAGUUGUUGUUUUUUUUUGGGGGGGGGGGGUGUUGUUACUCAGCAGAAAUUAUGUGCAUAUUAAAAAAUUCUACAAUAUUCAUCCUGAAAGUCCAAAUAUAACAUAUUUAUAUCUCGAAUGCUGUUUAGUAGGAAUUAUUGUUGUGAUGUUUUUCAUAAAUGAACUCGUUAGCUAUACAAGGACAAUGUGCUGCGCCCCUUGUCUUUGAGAAGUAAAUGGGAUAUUAUAUAGUUAACUUCACUGUUAAGUUCCUUUCUAAAGACUUUGUAUGACCUAAUUUUUUCUUACGGCUGACCGCGGAGAGUACAGAAACGGAGAAGACUAGAGAAUGCAUUCUCAACUGUUAACAUGCAGCAAUAUUAGGAGAGAAUUUGGCGGUUCCACUUAAAAAACAUUGACAUAACAGGGUUGGCGAGUUAACCGAGGUCGAGAUAAGCGGGUUCAACUGUAAUUAAUAACAACCAUCUUCUUUACCAUCAUGUUUCCUACCAAAAACAACAUAAAAUAUUGUACUUGUACCAUUUCUUUAAAAGUAUGUGUUGAAAUUAAGAUUAGAUGCAGACUAAUAAUUUUUUACUAUACUCUUUCAGACUAUUGACACCUGAUUUCAACCAACAGGAAGCCAUUCACUGAAAUUGUUGUUAUCCAUCUAGAUAGUUUUAAAAUCACAAAAUCUUCACCUUAUGUUCGGCUAAAGCUAUCACAAUGGAUGAAAAUGUGUGCCUAUCAACCUGGCGAUUGUUUUAUGAUACCUUUCAAAAUUCUAAAAUUGUAUUUUCACAAGUGGGGACAGGUAACGAAAUUGCUUUAAAAAAUGCUGGUACAUCUUUGCUAUUUGACACGGGCGGUGACUCUGCAAAGGAGCUUUUUAAAAACUGUGGGCUUUUGGGAGGAGAUAUUGUUAAAUUGAAUUACAUUCUAUGGAAACUUGAGGAGUUGUCUCUUCCUAAAGUCAUUGUCAUGUAUGAACAAUUUAAAAAAACGGAGACGACCUUUGACAUCAUGAAUGCCAUAGCUGAAGUUCACC